AUGGAUGCGCCCGUGGUGGCGUCGGCAUCGGCGCCCGUGGAAAAAUCUUAUAUUAUGAUCAAGCCGGACGGCGUGCAGCGGGGCCUGGUGGGGGAGGUGAUCGGGCGGUUCGAGCGCAAGGGGUUCAAGCUGGUGGGGCUGAAGAUGUUCCGCUGCCCGCGGCAGUUGGCGGAGGAGCACUAUGGGGAGCUGAAGGACAGGCCGUUCUUCCCCAAGCUGGUGGAUUACAUAACGUCGGGACCGGUGGUGUGCAUGGUAUGGGAAGGUGACGGUGUUGUGGCAUCGGCACGGAAGCUCAUAGGGAAAACAGACCCCUUGGAGGCGGAUCCGGGCACGAUCCGUGGUGACCUUGGUCUACACAAGGGCAGGAAUGUGGUGCAUGGGAGCGACAGCCCUGAAAACGGCCUCAGGGAGACGGGUGAGGAGGAAUUGAUCACCGAAGGAAUGAAUGUGUCUGUGACGGCAAACCCGUUGCGUCUGUUCAGUCAGUCAGUACAAUCUCCAGGCUCAGGCAGCUGGCAUGCCAAGUGGAGGCUGCAAAAUGAAUACCAAUCCAUUCUGGUGUACGCAUUGUCCUGGGAGCCAAACAUUUACCACUCCCUUUCACCAGAUGGAAUGUUUGGCUGA